AUGUCUCUCUACAGAGCAUUCUUUUUACUUGAAUUUAUAGCUCAAGGCUUGCACGCUCUUGAGUCCUAUGCUGGUCUUCAGUCACGACAGGACCCCUCUGCGCCAAUCAUCCACAUCAAUAUUUUAAGAGAAGAUUUUCUGGAUAGAAUUUGUAAGGAGGAAAUAGAUCCUAACUGGCGCUUUGAAAGCGGAAGCUGCAGGGACGAGCGAUGGAAACAAUGGGACUGCUUCAUCCCAAACCUACCCAGCCACGGUAUUCCCGCAGAGGGAACACACAAAGAACGGCAAUGCCCCGAGGGCCACAGGUGCGCAGUCGGCCCUGCCUAUAACGCAGAAGACAGCCCGGUUGACGGGCCCUACUGCGAGGAAAUCAUCCACAUCGACGGCCAGGAAGAUCAAUACGUGUACGAGUUUGACCCACAGGAUAUCGCAUACUUGAACGAUCUAGAUGAUGACUGCUAUUAUCACUACGGAGGUGGUGAUAGAGGUGAUAGAGGUGGUAGAGGUGAUAGAGGUGGUGGAGGUGGUGGAGGUGGUGGUGGUGGUAGAGGUGGAGGUGGUGAAGAAGAUUAA